UGAAGAAAUAUUCAUAACGUGGAUGUGCAGCGAUCUCGAACCCGAGAGCCAGAAAGCAGAGCUUCUGCGUCCCAAGGACUCCAGCACACACCAUGGCGGACUCUGAGCGUCUCUCGGCUCCCGGCUGCUGGUUAGCCUGCACCAGCUUCUCGCGCAGCAAAAAGGGAAUUCUCCUGUUUGCUGAGAUUAUACUGUGCCUGGUGAUUUUGAUUUGCUUCAGUGCGUCUACAUCGGCCUACUCCUCCCUGUUGGCGAUUGAGAUGAUCUUUGUUGCUGUCUUAUUUGUCUUCUACGUGUGUCACCUGCACUCCAAGAUAUCAUUCAUCAGUUGGCCUUGGACCGAUUUCUUCAGAUCCCUCAUAGCCAUCCUGUACCUGAUCACUUCCAUUGUUGUCCUUGUAGAAGGAAGAGGCAGCUCCAUAUUCGUCGCUGGGGUGCUGGGCUUGUUGGCUACAUUGCUCUUUGGUUAUGAUGCAUACAUCACCUUCCCUCUAAAGCAGCAAAGACAUACAGCAUCUCCUACUGACCCCACAAAUGGCCCAUGA